GCGGCUGUCCUGCAUCAACACUUUACUGCGGUGUACAGAGCUCGGUUAGGUGGGCCCAACCCUGCGCAUUCGCAGUCAGCAACAGCUUCGCGUGGCCCGAUAUGUCCUGCCCGCUGGGCUUCGGCGGGCCGGCUUCAAAGAGCUCGCUGACGCCAUACCAUUGCAUCCUGUGCCGCGGCUUGCUGCACGAGCCCAUCACGACGCCGUGCCGGCACGUCUUCUGUGCCUUCUGCAUCCGCCCAUUUCGCGACUGCCCCGUCUGCGCCGCGGACCUCGAUGGCAACAAUACGCCCGACGCGGCACUGGCGGGCACCAUCAACAAGCUGCUGACGGGCCAUGUGAAGCUGCUGGCUAAGGCCACCGGUGCCGCGGGGCCGCCAGUGGGGUCGCCAGUGCCCGCUAGCUCCUCCUGCCCCGCGGCAGCGGGCGCGGCCGCGCCAGCGCCACCGCCCGCCUCCUGUCCAGCCUCCACCUCCACCUCCGCACCAACAUCAGCGGAUCCGGGGGCGCCGGGCCUGGACCUGCCGUCACUGCUGCUGCAGCUGGCGCUGCAGUCACUGGCCGGCGGCAACCCGGAGGCGGCCCUGGCGCGACUGGACAUGUGCGCAGACACGCUGUGCAGCGCGGCGGAGGCAGCAGCAGCAGCAGCAGCAGCAACGGGCUCAGCAGGAGCCGGGACUGCAGUAGGAACCGCUGAGGCCAAGGAGGUCGGGCCGAAGGCAGGCACAGCGUCCACGGAAGGAGCUAGCACCGCCGGCGCAGGUCCCGAUGCUCUGGCAAGUGCGGGUGCAGGCUGGGAGCACGACCCCGUGCUGCGCCGCCGCGUGGCAGCCGCCCGCACCAGCGCCGACGCCGCUUCACGCCUGGGUGCGGUGCUGGGUAGCGCCGCCGACUGCCACCGUCGCCUCGGCGACGCGCCCGCCGCGCUGUCGCUGUAUGCCGCCAGCGCCGCGUGCCUGGCGCCCUGGCGGAGCGGCGGCGAAGCCGCCUCCGCCGCCCGCACCGCCGCCGCCACUGCCAGCAGCCGUGAGGCGGAGGCUGCGCUGGGCGUGACGCACAACAAGCUGGGCGACUUGUUGAUGCUGCUGGGCCGGCUGCGGGAGGCGCGGGCGCAGUACCUGGAGGCGCUGGGGCUCAGGCGGGCGGCGCUGGCGCGGGCGCUUGAGGCAGGCGCAGAGGCGGAUGGGGCGGAGGCGGGGGCAGCGGGGGAGGGGAGUGGUGGGAAGAGCGGGACCUCGGCAGGGGCGUCGCGGCUGCCGGCCGAGGAGCUGGUGCAGGACGUGUGCGACCUGGCCACCAGCUGCUGCAAGGUGGCGGAUGUCAAUAUGGCGCUGAGGGAGGCGGAGGCGGCAGUGGGGUCGCAGCCGGAGGCGGCUGCUGCCGGGUCCGGGUCAGGUGCAGAGCCUGGAGCAGGGUUAGGAGCGAGCGCGAGCGAAGGAGGGGUAGGGUCGGACGUGGAUGCGGAGGCAGGGCUGGCAUCGGCGGCUGCGCUGCUGGCGGAGGCUCGUGCGGCCAUGCUGCGGCCCAAUCUGGCGCCGUACGCGGCAGCCGUACAGGCGGCGGCAGCCAAGGCGGCGGCAGCAGCAGCAGCAGCAGCAACAGGAGGGUCUGCGGCAGAAGGAGGAGCCAGGGGCGGCAGGGAGGCGGCACCGGCUGCGACUGCGGCUGCGCCGCUGCCGGCGCAGCUAGUGGGGCGGUACGGGCGCGUCUGGGGGGCGCUGGAGCAGCUGACGGCGCGGCUGGCAGGGCUGGGUGUCGGGACGGGGCCGCAGGCCGAGACAGCCAAAUAGAGCCGGCGAAGUGCUGGGCGAUCUAGGUAAUCGGGGAUGAGGCGGACAUACAGGGCAAGGCACCCGCUGCGCGUGCGUAGUUGCGAUCGAGGUGUUUGUCAUCGGGCCCGCGUAGCAUGCUACAAGGAUCCGACUUGUGAACUUACGUAGGUAGGUAUGCAGGCAGGCUGCGCCGGCUGCUCCAGUAUACUUGUGCAAUACUGCAUGCGCUGUGUAUGCGGACUGAAGUCCGGAUUGAGGCCCGGUUUGUUGGCCCUGGUUGAUGGAUUGCCCUAUAGCGGGGGGGGGGGGUGCCGUAACAUUACAGUGGUUGCGACAUAGCUGCUUCAGACUUCACAAUCCAAUGCACGAACUGCACCUCUUUGUAUGGCUGUAGGUAGAAGUAGGACAGGGGCACUUAGAUCAUUGCCGUGCGCCCUUCUGCUGCGUGUGCAAGGCCUUCGUUUGACGCGAUGGCGUGAUGGACCGGCGUAAUGUGGCUAGGAAAUUGUAUAGCGCGUGCGUGGCACUGGUGGAACAUGUUCCCGUUAUGCCUGCUGCUGGGUGCACGGCCUGUAGCGGCAGCCCAGAGGCAUGACAUGGCUUGCAACGUGCCCGUGGUUGACACGACAUCGUCUACAUGUGCGGAAUGUCAGAUGCACAAUUGCACGCGCCUAAUGCAUGCCCGCCCUAUGUGAACCCGAACCAGAUGCAGCGUCCACAAGACUUGACACACGGCUUGGCAUCUCCUGCAACAAGGUUU